AUGGGUAUUAUUUUAUUAGAUUAUAUGUUGCAAAAGGCGGGUCCCGCCGCCCAGCGGUCCCCUCACCUCUGCCCCACGAGUAUGAGAGGGAGUAAAUCACGAUGCACUGUUCAUUGGGAAUGGGGGAGGCUCAUUUUUUCUCCGCCGCCGAGCUCACACGCUGGGAAGGAGGCCCUUCUCUACGCCGGCGUCGCCGAGGAGCUUAGCCGUCGCCUCCGACAGCUACCGCUGCUGCCUCCAGUGGCCCACGCCACCUCCAGCGGCCACCGCCUCUACCUCCAGUGGCCCACGCCACCUCCAGCGGCCAACGCCUCUACCUCCAGUGGGUCGCGCCACCUCCGACGGCCACCGCCUCUACCCCCAGCGGCUGGCGCCACCUCCGACGGCCACCGCCUCUCUCUCUCUCUCUCUCUAGCGGUCAGUGCCGCUUUCGGCGACCAUGGCAACUACCCAUCGCCGCCUCUUCCCGUGUCUAGCGCCGUACAGCGGUCGCCGCCGUCUCUCCAAGCAGCUGCCACCACUUCUUGUGGCCUUACAGGCGACUCUGGCGUACCCACAGGCGACUCCGAUGACUCUACAGCCGGUGCCCACUUAUUAUCCGGCCUGCGCGCCGUUGUCGCAUUCCGGCCUGCAAGCCGAGGUCAUAUGCCGGUCGUGUCGCCGUCGUAUUUCGAUUGUGUGCCACCUUUAUAUCCAGGCCAUAUUCGACUCAGCAUCGUCACCUCCAGACCCAGCUCCUCUUCGGUCGAUUCAGAGGCAUCCACCCUUUCGGGUCACGACGACUUGAUCAGCUUCGCGACCAGUUCACCGCUCCAUCUGAGGGCGCCCCCCGAGGCCAAGUCGGUUGCUUAUAUAUUCGUGGGAUUCGCCUCAAGCACCGAGGUACCAGAGACCGGGGCAACCCGGUCCCUGGCUGCAAGGAUUGUUAACCAGAGGACCUCUGAUGACUUGGUCAACACAGGAGACAACUCACCACCCGGAUGCACUGUUCAUUGGGAACGGGGGAGGCUCGUUUUUUCUCCGCCGCCGAGCUCGCACGCUGGGAAGGAGGCCCUUCUCUACGCCGACGUCACCCAGGAGAUUAACCGUCAACUCUGGCAGCCACCGCUGCUACCUCUAGUGGCCCGCGCCACCUCCGGCGGCCACUGCCUCUACCUCCAGUGGCCCGCGCCACCUUCGGUGGCCACCGCCUCUACCUCCAGUGGCCCACGCCACCUCCGGCGGCCACCACCUCUACCCCCAGCGGUUGCGCCGCCUCCGGCGGCCACCACCUCUCUCUCUCUAGCGGUCAGUGCCGCUUCCGCCGGCCAUGGCAACUGCCCACCGUCGCCUCUUCCCGCGUUAGCGCCGUACAGCAGCCACCGUCGUCUCUCCUAA